AGCAAAAACAGAAUUAGAAACUAUUAAUAUUUCAUUUUAUCAUAUCAAUAGAAAAUAGACUUUCAGUGUUACAUUUUUCUGUGACCAUUUAUGAGGAAUAAUGGACAGGAAUGUUCAAAGGGAUCUUUCCAAAAACCAUACCAGAAACUAUCAAAGCUAUCAAACCAAACCAGAAACUAUCAAAUCUAUCAAACCAAUAGUCCUGACGCCUGCAUAUAUCAAGUUAGAAAAUAGCAAUCCUUCUUCCACAGCUUUACCAAUUCAGUUGAUAUCAUACAGUGAAGAACCUGUCAGAAAACCAGUGGUUCAGACAUCAUUAGAAGUGUCCAAGAAUGUAGCAGUUAAAUCAUUACCUUCAGAUGGCCCAAAAUUGAUAUCUCAGAAACUUCAAGUAACGUCAGAGGCUUCAAAUAACUCAUAUGCAUCGCAAAAGCUCACAGAUGAAUUAGGAAGUCUUUCAUCCUCUUUUUCAUCUUCAAAAAGAAAUUUAGUGGAAUUCAUAACAACUUUGUCACUACAGUCAAAGUUGUCCCAAAGUAUGCCAAUAUUAUGGCAUGACAGUAUCCCAAUAGAUUCACAAAUGCAAGAAUCCAACCCAACUGAAAGUUUUUAUGUUAAGUCCUCUGUCAAAAAACCUGCCUUUUUAAAACAAAAUCUUGCUGCAUUUCAAGAAAAAAAACCAUAUCCAUUCCUCCGGCUAUUGAAUUUGAAAUCAAACUCUUCAGAAAUGGUUACUCUUACAUCUUAUAAAAAAACAGCUGUACAUUCAAAUACUUACAGUGCCGGUGUUAUACCUAAAGCUAGAAAUACUGUUAGAAGCCUAAAAACUCAUAGUCUUGAGUCUAUUAUGAGUUACAAUUUAAAAAUGAAAAUUUCUGCUUCUGAAAUCAGGAGCUUAUAUCCAGAGCUCUCUGCAUUUGAAAAGAGUGGAUCUUCUAUCAAGUUGAAACAAAACACAAAUUCUGUACCUAAGGGUUUAACUAUUGAAUCUGUGAGUUCCUCUUCAGAAGAUGGAAAAAAAAUUAUAAAAAAUGAAGAUUUUUUACCAGAAGAUUCUAACAACACUGCUGAAACUACACAAUCUAUUGGAACAAAAAGCAUUUCCCAAGUUAUUGAAAAUUAUACUCCAGAGACUAAAAGUGUCUUGUCAGAAGCUGAUACACCAUCUGUUGAAACAAAAGAGUUUUCUUUGGAACCUAGUAGGAAUUCUUAUCAUAAUUUUGAACCUGCAAUAAGCAGUUGCAAUGAAGAGCUCCCCAAUAGAAGAUCUGAAAGUGAUGAAUUUAAGAAUAAAAACUUCCGUCCUCAUCUGGACAGAUUACUCAGUUUCUCCUCUCGCAAGGAUUAUGAAGAAUGGUCCACAAAUGAGCAACAUCCUUUCAGCUCAGAAUCGCCAAUUCAUGAUGAACAACCUGAUGAUUUCUAUCACAAGAUUUCCACUCCGUUCUGCAAGCAAGAAAGCAUACAAUCCAUAACAAAGGGAAGCAUCACUCGAACUUUCAAACAACAACUGGACCAGGAGGCUAAAUCGUUUGAAAAAGAAAUGGCGGGUGCAUUAAUUCCACUAAAUCGUUUGCGAUCCAGCAGCAAGAACAAAUUGGACUACUCUGGAACAAAAGAAGAGCGUGCAAUCCUUUUUCAAAAACUGCAAAAGUUUUUAAAGGAUUUUCUGGAUUUAAGCACUCGGUUACCAAUUAAAUAUCUUCAAGAUAGAGGUAUUCUUCAAAAUCGAGGAAUUUUUGGGAAUUCAUUGCAAAGCAAUGGUGCUGAAAUUCCGGAGUUCCUACAGUUAUCUAUAAGAACUUUAGAGUCAAGUAGAAGUUUUAUGGAAACUCCACAUAUUUACAGACAAACAGGAAACCUGGCAGAAAUUCAAAGCCUGAGGUUUCAACUAGAGGAAGGACAGUGGGAUAAACUUAUUGGAAUAAACAAUGUUCACAAUCUGACUGGUAUCAUUAAACUGUUUCUAAGAGAAGUUGUUGAGCCAACUAUACCUUGGGACUUCACUUUAAUGAUUUGUGAAAAUCCAGACAAAAUAUUGAACAACUUUGCUCAAAUGUCUUCAACCUAUCUAAACGAAUCGCACAGAAAUGUUCUGAAAUUUUUGCUGACACAUUUAAACAAUGUUAUAAAGGAUACAGAGUUGAACUUGAUGUCUGCCACCUCCCUGGGUAUUGUACUUGGCCCCUGCCUAUCCUGGCCUGAAACCAGUUCUCCAAAAAAAAUACUGGAUAAUAUAAACAAACAAAAGACCAGUCUUGCAUUCCUUAUUGAGCACACAGCAGAGCUUUAUAGAAUUUGAAUUGCAUUUAUAAUAUUUUGUAUUUUAUUAAGAAAUAAAUCAUAUUUUACAUU